CUGGAAACGAAGCUACAAUAGUAACAUAUCACAUUAUUUCUGUUCUACAAGCGUUCAUCCCUAAAAUCCGUGUGCUCUUUGAGCCACUUGGUCCAUAAAUUCACAGCAAAUAAUGAAUCCUUUGGCAUGCGAUAAACGACCUCAGCCAAUGGGAGGCUAGCACUCGCUCGAGCUUCGACAAAUGCACACAAGUUCUUCAGACUGAUGCCAGAAGCCUCGACAAUGAGUACUCGCAGGUCGGCCCACUGGUUGCCGGUCGAUAGGGACUCCAGGUCAGGGAGAUUGACGGUCCCUCGUAUGCGAAGUCUGGAGAUGGCCGGGAGCGUGUUCUUCAGACCAGGUAUCGCCGUCGAGUCUUCGAUGUCGAGUGAUGUGACUGUAGGGAACUGCAUGUCCUGCUGCGCGAGAUCUGUAGCGAACUGCGGUGCUUCGUCUAGGAUCGUGAUCUGUCGGAGUGGAGCGCAUCGGAACGCCGCAAGGACACUGGGUCCUGCCCAACGAUAUCCGAUGAAGAGGGAUGUGACGCAAGAAACGAAGCUGGCAAGAGACACAGCCUCAUCGGGGGACGGUCUGAGUUCGGCUGCGAAACCGCGGAUCGCCAGAAGGCGAAGGGCCGAGGUCUCCCGAACCUCCUCUACUGCCCAGAAUCUUAGCAGUAUCUUGAGCCCCGGAAGACCUCGGUCAUUGACAAACGCGCCGGCGUCGAGAUCGAGCACCUCGAGUUUGUGGACAAAUUCGGCGGGAUCGGGAUGCUGAAUCCCCACUCCACCAAGAACGAGGGAUUUCAAGAGGGGCGAAUGGCGAAGUUGGAUGGAAGAAUGAAAUUGCCGUUGAGACGAUGUUUCGGGCCCCGAAGCAUGGAGCUCAAGGUAUUCCAAGCGCGGCGCAUAAGCAGGUGCCACUUGGAGACCCAAGUUUUCGAACGUGGAUCUAGUCAGAUCGAGCGCGAGAGAGCGUAUUCGUCCAACAGACCCCCAAAUAAGAAAGAGAAUGGGCCACAUUCCGUUCGUCUCCUUCAUCGUAAGAGAAACGUCGAGCGAGAGAUCCUUCGAGCGGCGCAAACAUUCAUCCACCAUCUGAACAUGUAGUGGUUGGACUCGGGAUAUAUAAAUUGAGGUCCAGAGUUCGGGAAGAUUCUGGGAGAGUGUGCGCCAGAGUCCGCAGAUGCGAGUGAGGGUAUAGACCCUCAUUCCUGAAGGCCUCUGAUCUGCGUCAUGGAUACAAAACCAUUCGAAGAUCUGGCAGAGCAGUUCGGGUGCGAGAUCGGAUAUGCUAAUGGGCUUGACAGCUGUGAAUAGAUGACUUGGCUUACCGUGCAUGGUUCGGUCGUGG